AUGAAGGCCGUCAUCCUCUUAACAGCCCUCGUGGCACUCAUCGGAGUCUCGGCUACACCAGCCCAGGUCAACUCCCAACGUGGCCUCCAAGAAGAUCUUAAUGACUUCAUCGCUCUGGUUCCGAUCGACGAAUUGGCCAAACUGGCCCUCGGCUACUUCCAGAACGAUAAGGAAAUCCAGGAUGCCUUUGCCUACAUGCAGGGUAAGGAAUUCGCCGCCAUCUGGGAUCAGCUGUUUGCCCUCAAGGAAGUCAAGGAUCUGCUGAACUAUCUGGAGAAGGCUGGACUCAAGGUGUACGAUGCUUUGAACACGGUUGCCGAUUUCUUCGGGCUGAACCACGUUAAGCCAAUCCGAUCCACCUUGAAGACUGGAGGAUUGAACGGAUUCCUGGAAGAGGCCAUCGCUCUGCUGCCCAAGGAUAAACUGAAGGCUCUGUUUGAGGAAAAGCUGAAGACCAGCCCCGAGUUCAAGGCUCUGUUCGAGAAACUGCAACAUGCCGACUUCCAGAAGUUGGUGGAAUUCUACAACAACUCCAAGGAAGUGCAAUCGCUGUUCACCAAGCUGCGUGAGCAUGGUAUCGAUGUGGACAAGAUCAUCGAGCUGGUUGCCGGGUUCUUUGGCUGGGGUCGAUUCCCCGAAGAAAUCGGCAACCGUGUUCAGAGCAUCGUACACCUUGAGGCCAGCCUUCUCCAAAUAGUUCAGAAGAUCCUUGACUUCCUUGAGGGCAAACAGCUGAUCCCAGAUGGCGGCGAAUUCCUUACCCUGCAUGUAGGCAAAGGCAUCCUGGAUUUCCUUAUCGUUCUGGAAGUAGCCGAGUGCCAGUUUUGCCAGUUCGUCAAUCGGAACCAGAGCGAUGAAAUCAUUCAGAUCUUCCUGGAGUUCACGUUGGGAGUUGACCUGGGCUGGAGCGAAUCUGAAAGACCAGAAUCAGUAGUAAACAGAUACCAAACAACCAUGAAGGCAAUCAUCCUCCUCUCAGCCCUUGUGGCAAUCGUCGGAGUCUCGGCUACUCCAGCCCAAGUCAACUCCCAACGUGGACUCCAGGAAGAUCUGAACGAUUUCAUCGCCCUUGUCCCGAUCGACGAACUGGCCAAGCUAGCUCUCGGUUACUUCCAGAACGAUAAGGAAAUCCAGGAUGCCUUUGCCUACAUGCAGGGUAAGGAAUUCGCCGCCAUCUGGGAUCAGCUGUUUGCUCUCAAGGAAGUCAAAGAUCUGCUGAACUAUCUGGAGAAGGCUGGACUCAAGGUGUACGAUGCUCUUAACACGGUUGCCGAUUUCUUCGGGCUGAACCACGUUAAGCCAAUCCGAUCCACGUUGAAGACUGGAGGACUCAACGGAUUCCUGGAAGAGGCCAUCGCUCUGCUGCCCAAGGACAAACUGAAGGCUCUGUUCGAAGAAAAGCUGAAGACCAGCCCCGAGUUCAAGGCUCUGUUCGAGAAGCUGCAACAUGCCGACUUCCAGAAGUUGGUGGAAUUCUACAACAACUCCAAGGAAGUGCAGUCACUGUUCACCAAGCUGCGUGAACAUGGUAUCGAUGUGGACAAAAUCAUCGAACUGGUUGCCGGGUUCUUCGGUUGGGGUCGUUUUAACUAA